GUGUGUUAAACUUCCUGUUAAAAUGUAUAAGGACCUAACCAUCAUGAUUUCUGUUUGUGUGAUUUUGUCCGUUUUUACUUUAACGAACGCAUACGAAAAUUUAGCAUUGCGUAGACCUACAGGACAAAGCACAAGUCACGACCCUUCAUUCAGUGGUUCUGUAAAAGCAGUGGAUGGAAUGAAAACCGAUCUCUCCUAUGGCGGAGGACAGUGUAGUGUAACGAGAAAUGGGGAAACAACUGCCACGUGGUGGGUCAACCUAGAGGGAGUACGAGGCAUUGACUACAUAGUCAUUUAUUACAGAACUGACAACGUCGCUUGGAGCCCAUCAAAUGGUUACACAACAAGAUUUCUAGGAUUCCAUGUGUAUAUUUCGAAUACAACAGACAGAGGCGAUGGUGCUUUAUGUUUCCAUGACACAGACCACACCAGAGCUACGAUACCAGCUGUCGCUAACAUCAGCUGUCCUGUACACGGACAAUACGUCAUCUAUUAUAACGAGAGACUUCCGGCUGUUAGUUAUCCAGCUGACUAUUCCCAAUAUGCCUUCGCCGAGCUGUGUGAAGUCGAGGUUUAUGGUUGUUCCGACCCUACACACUAUGGAUCAGACUGUUCUCAGCCAUGUCCAGUAAAAUGUCUGGAGUAUUGUCAUAUAGAAUCAGGAGAGUGUUCGAAGUGUGCGCCGGGUUACAAGGGCAGAUGGUGCGAGCAGGAAUGUGGAGGUGGCUUGUAUGGAAAUAAUUGCAGUAUGCUUUGUGGAAACUGUUUAAACUUGGAACAAUGUCACCCAGUUAAUGGAACAUGCAUGAAUGGAUGUGAUGAAGGAUAUAAGGGGAUAUUUUGCAAUGAAACCUGUGAAGAUGGAGCAUUUGGACAUAACUGUCAGGAGACAUGUAACAUUACGUGUCAUGGUUGUAAUAGAACAAACGGUCAAUGUGACACUGGAUGUCAGCCGGGGUGGAAGGGUGAAUAUUGUCAUCAAGCAUGUGAUGGUGGAUUUUUUGGCCAGAAUUGUUCUUUGAGUUGUGGAUUUUGUAAAAAUGAAGAAAAGUGUCACCCGAUAAAUGGGACGUGUUUGAAUGGGUGUACUGCAGGAUAUGAGGGAAUGAUCUGCAAUAAAACAUGCUCCGAUGGAUUCUUUGGUGAAAAUUGUGUUCACAAGUGUAACGAUACAUGUAAAGGAUGUAACAGAACAAACGGUAUUUGUGAGAAUGGGUGUCAUCCUGGAUGGAAAGGAAAAUUCUGUCAUGAAGAGUGUGACGAUGGAUUCUUUGGUGAUCAAUGUAAUAUGACUUGUGGACAUUGCAAAACAAAAGACGAAUGUCAUCCAGUGAAUGGGACUUGUUUGAAUGGAUGUUAUGGGGGAUAUGAGGGACUGUUCUGCAACAAAACAUGCACAGAGGGAUACUUUGGAGAAAAUUGUGUUCACAAGUGUAACGAUACAUGUAAUGGGUGUAACAGGACAAAUGGGAUUUGUGAGAAUGGAUGUUAUUCUGGUUGGAAAGGAGAAUUCUGUCAGAAAGAAUGCGACAGUGGAUUUCAUGGAAUUAAUUGCAGUCAGCUUUGUGGUAAAUGUUUAAGAUCAGAACAAUGUCAGCCAGAUAACGGGACUUGUUUAAAAGGCUGUGAUGAGGGAUAUAAAGGAAAUUUUUGCAAUGAAACCUGUGAAAACAGGACAUUUGGACGUAACUGUAUGGAAACUUGUAACAGUACUUGUUAUGGGUGUAAUAGAAGAAAUGGUAAAUGUGACACUGGGUGUCAGCCAGGGUGGAAGGGUGAAUACUGUCACCAAGAAUGCGAUGGUGGCUUGUAUGGAAAUAAUUGCAGCAUGAUUUGUGGAAACUGUUUAAACUCAGAACAAUGUCAGCCAAGUAAUGGAACAUGCAUGAACGGUUGUGCUGAGGGGUAUGAAGGGAAUUUUUGCAACAAAUCCUGUGAAGUAGGAUAUUUUGGACGUAACUGUCAGGAGACAUGUAACAGUACGUGUAAUGGUUGUAACAGAACAAACGGUCAAUGUGACACUGGAUGUCAGCCGGGGUGGAAGGGUGAAUAUUGUCAUCAAGAAUGUGAUGAUGGAUUUUUUGGAGAGUUUUGUAAUCUAUCUUGUGGACACUGCAAAUCAUCCAAAGAAUGUAACCCAGUAAAUGGAACGUGUUCUGGUGGAUGCUCUGGCGGAUAUGAAGGGGUCUUUUGCAAUAAAACAUGCGCAGAUGGAUACUUUGGAGAAAAUUGUAAUCACACUUGUAAUGAAACAUGUAAGGGAUGUAACAGAACAAACGGUGUGUGUGAAAAUGGAUGUCAUACAGGAUGGAAAGGAGAAUUUUGUCACGAAGAAUGUGAUGGGGGAUAUUAUGGAAUAAAUUGUAGCAUGCCUUGUGGAAGCUGUAUUCGUUUAGAACAAUGUCAACCAAUGAACGGGACGUGCAUUAAUGGUUGUGAUAAGGGUUUUGAAGGGUUAUUGUGCAAUAAAGUCUGUGAUUUUGGAACAUUUGGACAUAACUGUCGGGAGACGUGUAACAGUACGUGUAAUGGCUGUAACAGAACAAACGGUCAAUGUGACACUGGAUGUCAGCCAGGGUGGAAGGGUGAAUAUUGUCAUCUAGAGUGUGAUGAUCGAUUUUUUGGAGAUCAAUGUAGUAAGGCUUGUGGACAUUGCGCAGAAUCAGAGACAUGUCACCCAGUGAAUGGGACGUGUUUGAAUGGAUGUUCUGAUGGAUAUGAGGGGGAGUUCUGCAAUAAAACAUGCAUAGAUGGAUACUUUGGAGAUAAUUGUGUUCACAAGUGUAACGAUACAUGUAAAGGGUGUAACAGGACAAAUGGGAUUUGUGAGAAUGGGUGUAAUCCCGGAUGGAAAGGAGAAUUUUGUCAGGAAGCAUGCCCGAAUGGAUACUUUGGAGAAGAUUGUGUUCACAAGUGUAACGAUACGUGUAAAGGAUGUAACAGGACAAAUGGUGUGUGUGGAAAUAGGUGUUAUCCUGGAUGGAAAGGAGAAUUCUGCCAAGAAGAAUGUGACGUCGGAUUCUACGGAAAUAAUUGCAGCAUGAUUUGUGGAAACUGUUUUCGUUCAGAACAGUGUAACCAAGUAAAUGGAUAUUGCAUAAAUGGGUGUGAUGAGGGAUUUGAAGGAAUGUUGUGCGACAAAACCUGCAAAAAUGGGACAUUUGGACGUAACUGCCUGGAGACAUGUAACAGUACGUGUAAUGGUUGUAACAGAACAAACGGUCAAUGUGACACUGGAUGUCAGCCAGGGUGGAAGGGUGAAUAUUGUCAUCUAGAGUGCGGUGAAAAGUGGUACGGCACAGGCUGUAACCAGACAUGUGGUAAAUGUGUGGACGGAGAACCUUGUCAGUCCGCUAAAGGUUCCUGUGUUAAUGGCUGCGAAUCAGGAUAUCAUGGAGAUAAAUGUGAUCAAGUUUGUGAAGUUGGGUUUCAUGGACCUAACUGUAAAAUUGCAUGCAGUACAUUUUGCCAGGGAUCAGGUGACUGCCAUCACGUGACUGGGGCCUGUAAACAGGGCUGUAAACCAGGCGUAAAGGGAGAAGGGUGUUUUGAAAUCCAAUUGCAAGAAGCUGAAAAGGACUACAAAAAGGAGUUUUUCAUCACUCUGGGUGUCCUUUGUUUCAUUCUCAUUCUAAUUGGGUUGUACGUUUUCUACAGAAUUAUAAAAAGGUAUCAGGGAACAAAGAAAGAGAAUCUUUAUCUCGUGAAUGAUUCUACCGAGCACAAUAAAGACGCCGAGACAGUACCUGAAAAUAAGGUGAACUCCGAGAAUAAGGAGACCAUUGAAAUGGAGUCAUCUCCUAGCUCCAACACUGAGAAAUAGAAGAAAAACAUGUUUUAUAUACUCUAACAAUUAGCAUUAUCUUCAAUUGUAAAUAUAAUCAAUGUCACUCUAACAAUGUAAUCAAGAGAAAAUCAUGUUUUUUUUACCAUUACUGAUUUGUCAUUUUUCCUUUUCUUUGUUUACAUCUUCUAAUUUAAAUUAUUAAUGUGUAUAAGGUUGUUUGCAUUUAUAUACUGUAUACCCUUUUCAGCGGUGUUAAUGAUUUUUCACUUAACUUUGAAGUAGCUACAUAAUUCAAAAUGAUUGACUUUACUCAUUUUACUUUCAUUCUUCACUAUGAACCAUAUAUAAACUCAGAUCAUUGUAAACAUACAUUUAUAUUUCUGUUAUAAAGUUUAAAAUACUCAUACUUUCAUAUAUCAAAAGAUAUUCUUUCCAAAGCACAGUUCAAAAUGUCCUAACUCUGUCAUGCUGUUCCUCUACACAAAAAAUAUCACAAAACAUUGAUACAGUGAAGAUGCCUUAUCCACUAUCACCUUUUUUUAACCUGCAAAGGUGUUUGGAAGAACUGAUGAGAGAAGUAAAUUAAGCACACAGUAAUAUGACCAGUGAGUGUGUGU